AUGUCGCUUUACACCUUCGCAGCAGUCCUGCUCCUGUGUUUGACACUGGCUGUAUGGUAUGCAGCAGGCUUGAAAGACCAGGUCAAGCAUCUGAAGGGCCAUGUUGAGCAUCUGCAUGGCAAGGGCAAGGAGGAUGGCAAGGGAGAAAAGAAGGCGCAGUGA